UUGGAAGAAAGUUUGGAAUUUUCUGUCACAGGAAGAAAAGGAGGGACACCAGAAGAAGUUUGAGUCAAAGGAAUACAAAUGUAUUUGCCGAAAAAAUUUACAAAGGAUAAGUUUGCGAAAUAAGUGAAUAAGUCGCGGAGGCACGGCCUGAGUUUACAUGUGCCACUGAACUGGAUUUAGAGUUGGAGUAAUUUUAAAGCCCGCACUGCUUGCAAGCUACGUUGGACACCAAUGCAUGCACGGAAUGACUGGUUUUAGCCGACUGAACACACGUUUCUAUACUUUGUAUGGAUUUUAACGGGCAUUUGGACCUAGUUGGAAAAAUACCAACCAUUGCAUAUGUGGUGUCAUCACCUCUUUGCCGCUGUCAGGUUCAAGAAGUGCAGCUGUCAGCUAACUGGUCGCGUUUUUAGUUUGUACCCGAACGCCCACUCUGUAAUGUUACUGUUGUUUCUCAUUUUGUAUCACAGUGACAUCUUUUGCUUGACAAUUCGUGGGCAAAAUUAAAGCUGAACUUGUGGUUUCAUUGCAGAGAUUUUCAUACCCCUUGGAUACCAGGAGAGUGAAAGUGUUCUAAAAUAUUGCGUGUUCCCAUAACAUUUAUCUGCGCGCGACUGGUGAAAGAGCUAGCUGGCUAGCAAGCUACAUAUUGUCUCGAGACUGCCUAAUCAUGCCAGUACGAAAGAAAGAUGCACAGCGAGCCCUGUCACUCUUGGAGGAAUAUCGCACUAAACUUAACCACACUGAGGACUGGCAACUGAGACUCUCCAUCCAGAGGGUCAUCGACAUCUUCCAGAGUAACCUUUUCCAGGCACUCAUAGAUAUCCAGGAAUUUUACGAAGUGACCUUAUUGGAUAAUCAGAAAUGUGUGGAGUCCCCGAAGACGUCGGAGCCCAUGCCCCCGGUCAACCUGUGGGAUUUCUCUAGCCUCCAAAGCACAACGGUGACCUCAGACACUCUGCCAAGCCUUAGCACCAGCAUAGAGAAAUACAGGCACCACGAUGAGGACACGUCCCCCCAGGAGCAGAACUCCCCCCAGCUCACUGACGAGGUCCCUGGCCCCGAGCUGGUCCAGGUGGCCGAGAAGAACCUUUCCCAGAUUGAGAAUGUCCACGGCUACGUGGCCCAAGCGCACAUCUCACCCAUGAAGCAGACAGAUGCCGCCCCGCCUUCCUCUCCCAUAAUCCCCGUGAUCCCAAUCUCGUCCAUCCCAGCUGAGACCGCUCCUGUCAUCCUUCCUCCGACGUCACAGGCGAACCCUCCCCCUGUCGUGGUUAAUACAGACAGUUUGGACACGCCUCCAUAUGUAAACGGAACAGAAGCAGAUUAUGAAUAUGAGGAGAUCACGCUCGAACGGGGUAACUCUGGGCUGGGUUUCAGUAUCGCGGGGGGAACGGACAACCCCCACAUCGGUGAAGACCCCAGCAUCUUCAUCACCAAGGUCAUCCCUGGGGGGGCGGCGGCCCAGGACGGACGACUCCGGGUCAACGAUGUCAUCCUGCGGGUGAAUGAGGCAGACGUGCGGGACGUGACCCACAGUCGGGCGGUGGAAGCUCUGAAGGAGGCCGGGUCGCUGGUGCGCCUCUACGUCCGCCGGAGGAAGCCUGUCUCCGAGAAGGUGAUGGAGAUCAAGCUAGUGAAAGGACCCAAAGGUCUUGGUUUCAGUAUAGCAGGGGGAGUGGGGAACCAGCACAUCCCAGGGGACAACAGCAUCUACGUCACCAAAAUCAUCGAAGGAGGAGCUGCGCACAAAGACGGGAGGCUACAGAUAGGAGACAAACUUCUGGCUGUGAACAGUGCUUGCCUUGAGGAGGUGAGCCACGAACACGCUGUGACUGCCUUGAAAAACACCCCCGACGUGGUCUACUUGAAAGUAGCAAAACCCAACAGUGUCUUCAUGAAUGACAGUUUCGCCCCGCCUGACAUCACCAACUCCUACUCCCAACACAUGGAGAACCAUAUCCGCCCUCCCAGCUACCUGGGCCAGCCCCUUCCCCCUGAGGCCCCGUCAGGACGCUACUCGCCAACCCCCAAGAGCAUGCUGGGAGAAGAAGUCACCAGAGAGCCCAGGAAGGUGGUGCUCCACAGAGGGGCGACGGGCCUGGGCUUCAACAUAGUGGGUGGAGAGGACGGAGAGGGCAUCUUCAUCUCCUUCAUCCUGGCAGGGGGACCUGCAGAUCUGUGUGGCGAGCUGAGGAAAGGAGACCGCCUCGUCUCUGUGAACGGGGUGGACCUCCGCAGCGCCACUCACGAGCAGGCGGCGGCGGCACUGAAAAACGCUGGGCAGACUGUCACCAUCGUGGCCCACUACAGACCAGAGGAGUACAGUCGAUUUGAAGCCAAGAUCCACGACCUGCGAGAACAGAUGAUGAACAGCAGCAUCAGCUCGGGGUCGGGCUCGCUGCGGACCAGCCAGAAGAGGUCACUCUACGUUAGAGUCCUAUUCGACUAUGACAAGACAAAGGACUCAGGGCUCCCCUCUCAGGGGCUCAACUUUAAAUUCGGGGACAUCCUGCAUGUGGUGAACGCCUCAGACGACGAGUGGUGGCAGGCGCGGCAGGUGACCCCGGAGGGCGAGGCAGAGGAAGUGGGUGUCAUCCCCAGCAAGAGAAGGGUGGAGAAGAAAGAGAGGGCGCGGCUAAAGACGGUCAAGUUUAACUCCAAGUCGCGAGACAGAGGGUCACUCAAUGACAAGCGUAAAAAGAACCUAUUUUCCCGAAAGUUCCCUUUCUACAACAAGGAUGCAAGCGAGCAGGAAACGAGCGAUGUUGACCAACACGUCACUUCCAAUGCCAGUGAUAGUGAAAGUAGUUACCGUGGUCAAGAGGAGUACAUGCUGUCGUACGAGCCAGUCAGUCAACAGGAAGUGAACUACACCCGUCCAGUGAUUAUUCUUGGUCCCAUGAAGGAUCGGGUAAACGACGACCUGAUAUCGGAGUUCCCCGACAAAUUUGGGUCCUGUGUUCCCCACACAACCAGACCCAAGCGGGACUAUGAGGUGGACACCAGGGACUACCACUUUGUGGUGUCCAGGGAGCAGAUGGAGAAGGACAUCCAGGACCACAAGUUUAUCGAGGCGGGCCAGUACAACAACCACCUGUACGGGACCAGCGUACAGUCGGUGCGUGAGGUGGCAGAGAAGGGCAAACACUGCAUCCUGGAUGUGUCAGGCAACGCCAUCAAGAGGCUGCAGCUGGCCCAGCUCCAUCCCAUCGCUGUUUUCAUCAAACCCAAGUCUGUGGAGAACAUCAUGGAGAUGAAUAAGAGGCUGACGGAGGAGCAGAGCAGGAAGACCUUUGACAGAGCCACCAAGCUGGAGCAGGAGUUCACCGAGCAUUUUACAGCCAUUGUUCAAGGAGACACCUUGGAGGAGAUCUAUGAGCAAGUCAAGCAGAUCAUAGAGGAACAGUCUGGCCCGUUCAUAUGGGUGCUAUCCAAGGAGAAAUUAUGAAGAGGUCACAACACUUUCUACUCCCCUGUCGUCCUCCUCUCCUUUUUAUUUAUGAUUUAUGCCCUGUUCUGCUGAAACUGGAAACACUACCCUACCACCUCCAAAACAGCCCGAACCUUAUCACCCCCCUUUUCGUCAAUCCCCCUCUGCCAGGCUUCUCUCAUGACCUAAGUCUGUGACCGAGAAGUGACAGUGACGGCCAGUGAUGUUGACAACGAAUAGCCAGACCAGCAGAGCAAAGCACAGAGGGGCAGAUGAUGUUGUUCAAACGGUACAGUUCCUUAAUGUUUAAAGGAGGUGACUUUCUAAGAAAAAAGGAAAGUGAAAGAACUUUUUAGUGGCUCACGGCUUAAUAGUACCUCUUAUUUAAGUCUAGUUUUUUUUCGGCCGAAGACGAAGGAAGUUCAGGCAUUAGGUUAUAAGUAGCGGAAACACAAAGCAAAACGUUGCACGUGAUAGCUUUAACAGCAUGUCUUUUUAGUACCUUUUUUCCACUUUCUUUUAUCCUCCAACCGUCAUCCUUCAACAUAUUUAUCAUAGUACUCGUAUUUUUUUUGAACACAGUUGUAUUCACUUUCCCCCCCGCUCCUUACCAGUGUAUCCAUGUUAGAAAGCCAUUGAAUUUUGUGUCUGAGCGGCACACAGAUGUUUCUUGUGCGGCACUUGAUUGAAUAGGGUUCUUCAACUCAAGUCCUGGAGGGUAGAGUGUAUGUAGUGUGUCCAUUCAAAGGGUUUAACGCUGACCUCUGCUCUUAACAAGAACUGUGUGAUGCAAACAGCAUUACUGUUUGUACAGUUGUAAUUCUCGUUUGCAUCCUACAUGUGUGUUUGAGUCUUGGAAUAAUAUUGACAUUUUCAUGAGCAAAAUGUGAUAUCGCUUCUACUAAAACACAUACUUCCCUCUAGAACUUGAGUUUGAGACCAGAUCAGUGCAAGAACUAUGGAGAGUUUUUAAGCUGUGUCUUGCUGUUUAAAUGACCGUCUUUGAUCGUUUGAAUUGUUUUUGAGUGCUUUUACAGAUGCAAAAGUAAGGAACUGCCAUUUUUAGGUGUCCUUAGGUUUGUCAGCAAAAUGCAGAUGCAAAAAUGUAACAACUUUAUUGUACAAUGAGAUUUUAACAUAUAUUUAACCCUCCGUAAACUGCCUAUUUUGUUAUAAUAAAAGUCUAUAUUGAACUUUACUUAAACACUAAUACUAUGGGAAUUAUUUUGAUUGCAUUUUUAAUCAUAUAUAAAUAAAAAAGUAUAAAAGAUAUUUAAAUAUAAAUAUAUAUUUUUUUGUUUUCUUUUACCACCACUUCCUUUAAAAAUGUUUUUUUUAAGAAAUUAUUAGUCUACAUCAGAAAAACAAUUAUUCUAAUACAGUGCUCCCUUAUUGUGGUUCUAAAGAACCUAUGGGUAUGCUCUUUUCCCCCACAACUAAUACCUCAAUUAUUGAUUAAACUGUGAAAUUAUGAACAGGGUGUCACUAUUGUGAAACAUUAUCCCUGUUUCAAGUUUGAGGUGUAAGGUGAAGUUGCCCCUAGACUCUGAUCUUGGGUCAGUUUAGCAUUUUCUCCCCAAUGGUGAAGGUUAGGAUUGAUGGAGGGGAAGCUGAUCCUAGAUCUGCACCUGGGGGAAACUUCACCCCAGAGCAGUUAGUCUCUACUGUACCAGGACUAGAGACCUCUUCCCCUGCCCAGGUAAAACCCAUGUUUUAGAUUAGAGAGCAGUCUCAGAAAGGGCCACUAUGGCAGCUAGAAUCCUCCCGUGUCCUAUUAUAGUAACCGACUAGUUGUCUUUACAUCAUGUGAUAACCUACACGAUUUUGAAAAAAACGAUGUAACCCAUAAAACUACAGAUGACUAGAAGUAAUAUCGCAAAAAUAUUAAAUAACAUAACAUUUGUUUAUUACACCUGCCAAAUGUUUAAAGGCCCUGACUUGAAAACAACACAGCUUCACGUGAGGAAUGUACUGGCUAUUCUUGAGUGUUUUUUUUCCAGAAUGCAAUGAUGCCGGUUCUAUAGUAGAUAUGGGAACUGAAGGUCCAGACUUGACCCAUUGGACUUUUUUUUAUAGACUUCGUUCAACGGAGGGCUCUACACAUGGCUUGUGUCCCUCAGCGAGGCCUCCCCCGUCCUCGCCUUCAAGAUAAUGGCUUUUUCUACACUACAAAACUGCUUCUUCCAUCACCUCACCACCUCCACUUUUCUUCAGAAUUUUGGGGGACUGUCUGGAAACAUGUAAAUAACCUACCGAUUCUCAUUCAUUCCAUUAAUCAGAGAGGAGAAUGGCUCAUAAUUGAAUAAAAAAAUAAAACAUUUCUCAUACAACCUA